UUGUGUUCCUGUCGCUGCUGUUUGCAAUAUCUCCAGCAAAAGAAGAAUCAUGUACCUUCUAUGGCCUCUACUGUUUCUUCACGUUUCAGCAGCGCGCCUGAGCCUGUUUGAUGACAGACUAAAGCAGCCAAAACAGGAGGGCAGAGUGCGAUUGGUGGGGGAUCUGCCUUCAUCUGGUCGUGUGGAGGUCUACCAUGACGGACAGUGGGGUACAGUUUGUGAUGACGGAUGGGACCUGGCUGAAGCACAAGUGGUGUGUCGUCAGCUGGGUUUUCCUGGAGCAAAAUCAGUUACACCUGGAGGACGUUAUGGUGAAGGUUCUGGUUCAAUCUGGCUGGAUGACAUGAACUGUAAAGGCUCGGAGAGCUCAUUGUCGGACUGCAGCUUCAAGGGCUGGGGUGUUACUGACUGCACACAUAAAGAGGAUGCAGGGGUGGUCUGUGAGACUGGUACAAACAUAACCAGCAAUCGUCAGUUCUCUGUGGAUAACAGUCUGGGUUUGUCUGAUGAUCUUGGUCUUCUGUUUGACCGUGGAAAUGGUUGUGAUUUCAAAAUUAAUAUAAAAGACAACAGUAAAGAGUCAGAAUUGACUUUUUGUGUGCACAGUAUGAUCCUCAUGUUUUAUCCAGAACUAAACAUAACAAAAGACUCUAGAACCCUCACAGUGGAUGUCAGCCAGACCUGCCAUCCUCAUGUCUCUCCUUUUCUCAGGUAUUUGUACACACGUCAGAUUGAUGUUUCCAUCACAUCGGCUCAAUGUCUGCAUCAGCUGGCAUUUACCUUUGGAGUGAAGAAGCUUAUGGAGGAUGUUGGCAGGGUCUUCACUUUACUCAUUCCUGAAGACAACACCUUCCAUACCCAGGUAUCCAUGUUCAAGUAUGGCGUCCGCACAGGUGACCUUGUUCUGCAGGAGAACGUCCUUCAGUAUCUUUCCUGGAACUGUGAGUUCCUCAUAAGCUCUCCAGUGUGGAGCACCAUCUCCUUUCACAUGAUGGACGCUCUGCUGCGGCGCUCAGACCUGGUUGUGAAGGGUGAAGCUUUUCUUCUUGAAGCUCUGGAGAGAUGGAUCCAAGACAAAGGUGAUGAGAUUAGUUCAGAUCAACAGGCCAGUCUCCUGAAUCACAUCCGCUUCCUCAUGAUCCCAGUGGAUAAACUGUACGAAAUGCAGUUUUCCUCAAGUGUUCUCCGUCGGAAUCAUGAGAAACUGUACCUAACUGGUCUGCUUAGAGGAUUUCAGUUCAAUGCUCUGCCCUUCUCCAAGAUCAGAAAGCAAAUAUAUAACAUGAGUAGUGAGUAUCUACCCAGAAUCUACACUGGAGAUGAGUGGAGUGUAAUUUUAAAUGCAACCACUGUCAAAUAUCCACGUAAUAGGCCUACAUACAGCUAUGGUUAUACUAUAGGUUAUAACUAUAACCGUGGGUAUGGCCAAAAUAGAAUCCAAUCCAGAAUCCAAACCUUCUCCACUCCUGCACACCCUAGUGCUCUUUACAGAGAACAAAAUGUGCAGUGGCAAGCCCAGGUGUUUCUUAGUAAUCAGGAAUGCUCUAAUUAUGGUAUUUCAUGUACAUCUUUUCCUGUUGCAAGAUUGUACGGAUAUGGUAAUCAGAACAUGUAUGCUAGCACCAUUCGCUACAGCAACAGGUUGAUUCUCACAUGUAAGAAUGAAAACAAUAUCUUUCAUGUCCAAGAUUUCAAAAACAGCAUGGCGGUAAUUCCAAAUAACAGCAGUAUGGGUCUGCCGAACCCCUGUCCUGAUGACUACAGUUUUAGAUUUGUAGUGCGUCCAGAGUAUAUCUGACUGCACAGGCAUUUCAGUAUAUUCAAAUCCUAGUUUAAUCAAAUCUAUUAAAUUUGAGUUUUUUUAUUUUUAUUGAUGUUACUCAUUCUGCAGUGAUUUCUCUCAAAUGUUUCAGUUGAUUUUAAAAUUUUCAUUUAAAUAUUGUCACAAUAAAAAUGCUUAAUUUUGA